GGGGGGGAGGAGUGUUUAUAAUAAUGACAGGAGGGUUUAUGCAUUCGGGAAGCUCGGGGUUUGUGUUUUGUUCAAGUCUAGUCUUUUAAAGUGUUAAUUUUAUACACGCGCGAGACUCGUGUGUUCCGCCAGGAUAUAAAAGCGCGAGGGUUGGUCAAGUUUAAAAAGGGCACGGCUUUCCCUGUCACUCCUCACUCACUACACCUUCAGUCACUCACUACACCUUCAGUCACUCACUACACCUUCAGGUUUCACUUCUCCAGAUAGUGACUGCGAGUGUGCGUGAAUAUGCAACAAGAAACCAGAAAACCUCCGCGGAUUUCUUCUUUUUCCAUCGCCGACAUCCUAGAUCCCUCAAAAUUCACAGGAAGGAGUCGUGAUGCACAAAGCGACAAACUUUCCGACUACAACAACAAGAGAAGCUGCGAUGAAUUAUCGGGUGAUGAAAGUGCUGAGGGGUCAGAUGACGUUUCAGCAGCUUCAGAAGUGAAAGAAGGCCCUCAUAUUGGCGGUAAAGUUAAAAUCAAGGGGCGGCGCAUGCGCACGGCGUUCACUAUGGACCAGCUGCACGUGCUCGAGCGCAGCUUCCAGAGCAGCCACUAUCUGUCGGUGUUUGAGCGCCACGUCAUCGCCAAGGCUCUGGAGCUGUCCGAGACGCAGGUUAAGAUCUGGUUUCAGAACAGGCGCACCAAGUGGAAGAAGGAGCAAGAGGGACGAGAGCUGGAGGAGCUAUACCAGUGCGCCACGAUUGCGCCGGUGGUUGUACCGACCACACUGCCACUCAGUGCUGCCUCCUGCAACAGGUCGAGUCCGGUGCAUUUCUACUCGGCGAGGAACCUUCUGACCACUUAUCCCGCACUUAGGUUGCUCUGAGGCCAGAUUUGACUCGUGAACAACUCGGUUAAUUUUCAACAAGCCUUUGAAUUGAUUCUUCUUUUUUUUCUUCUUUUUUUUCUUCUUUUUUUUCUUGAGAGACUGAAGUGAUUCAAAUCGGACAUUUUGGCAAUUUAUUUGCUCCUUUUAGUUUUAUUCUGAUUAUGUAUUUCAUUGUUUGCCAUUUUCUAGGCUAACAGGCAAAAACAUUGGUUUACAUGGUGUGUAUUAAUAGCAGUUAGCAUUCAAAAUAGUCUUAGCUAGGCUACCUUAUAUUACACAAAUGGGAGUUUCCACUUAGCAAAGAAAAUAGCUAGUUAUAACAUCAGAGUACCGCAGUAGUCAAAGUAGAUACAAUAUGGUGAAUGUGGGACACUUUUUUGGGGGGUAAAUGUUCUUGGAGACUAUAGACUAGAAGAACUAUAAUAAUAUUUUACAAUUCAUUUUAGGCCUCACUGAAAUAAAACAGCCCCAUAACCCCUCAAACUUAAGAUAACAUAGCCCUGUUUUUCACUAAAGCAUUUUGUUCAGGAAAUGUGGGACACCUGGGUUGAUCAAAUAGGACAUUUUAUUUUGCUGUGAAUUUCAAAAAUUUAAUCUAUCAAAUGUUUCAUAAAACAAAGUGUUAUGGCAACAAUUCAACUACAAACAUGGCUGUUGGCAGAAAGUACGUGACAUAACCAGAUCUGUGAACCUGUGAAGAUCUGUGGAACCUGAAGUUUGGAUGAUGCUCUGUGUUGGUAAAUUGAACAUUUGCAUAGUUUGAUUUCCUUAGAAACAAAUCAGUAAAUAAGUCGUAACGCCAUGGGUAGUUUACUGAACGGGGUAAUACAAAUUGACCAGCCUGAGCAAGGAAAGAUGCUUGAGGUCAUUGUUUUUACAGAAAGUUAAUAUCGUAAUCUGUGUGUAUUUAAAUGUCAUGUAAUAUUUAUGUGUUUAAUCUGCAUAUUUAUGUCACAUUUUUAAUUCUGUUUUAAAUAUUUUGCAAGGGAGUUUAUGCAUUUUAUUUCUUUGUUUAAAAAAAACCCAUUAAAGUGUAUAUUUUUGCA